AUGAAGGUGAAGGUGCUGUGCCGGAAUCCGAACGAUUAUGUGCGGGAGACCAGUAAGGAUCUGCAGAGGGUUCCUCGGAACUAUGAUCCUUCUCUGCACCCAUUUGAAGUUCCUCGGGAAUACGCCAGAGCCCUCAACGCCACCAAACUUGAGCGUGUCUUUGCCAAGCCGUUCAUUGCUUCAUUAGAUGGUCACAGAGAUGGCAUUAACUGUAUGGCGAAACAUCCCAAGAGCUUGUCAACUGUGUUCUCGGGAGCCUGCGACGGAGAGGUGAAGAUAUGGAAUUUGGCCACUCGGCAGUGUACCAGGACCAUACAGGCACAUGAGGGAUUUGUCAGAGGGCUCUGUGUUCGAUUUUGUGGAACAUCGUUUUUUACAGUGGGUGAUGAUAAGACAGUAAAACAGUGGAAGAUGGAAAGUCCAGGAUAUGGAGAGAAUGAGGAACCUAUACAUACAAUACUGGGAAAGACUGUCUUCACAGGGGUGGACCAUCAUUGGAGAGGUGCUGUAUUUGCCACAUGUGGGCAGCAGGUGGAUAUCUGGGAUGAACAGAGGACGAGUCCUAUGAGAUCAUACUCCUGGGGAGUGGACAGCAUUACAAGCGUUCGUUAUAACCCCAUUGAGACACACAUUUUAGGAAGCUGCGCAGUUUGACAGAAGUAUUGUCCUUUAUGACACGCGGAAGCCUACACCACUGAAAAAGAUUAUUCUAGAAAUGAGAACAAAUGCGAUCUGCUGGAACCCCAUGGAAGCUUUUAUUUUUACAGCUGCUAAUGAGAACUACAAACUGUACACCUAUGACAUGCGCUACAUGAACCGUCCAGUAACGGUGCACAUGGACCAUGUGUCUGCUGUCCUGGAUGUUGAUUAUUCCCCUACUGGAAAGGAAUUCGUAUCUGCCAGCUUUGAUAAAUCCAUUCGCAUCUUUUCAGUUGAAAGCGGCCACAGCAGGGAAGUGUAUCACACAAAGAGAAUGCAGCAUGUAACCUGUGUCAGAUGGUCAGCGGACAACAAAUACGUUCUGUGCGGUUCAGAUGAAAUGAACAUCCGCAUAUGGAAAGCCAAUGCUUCAGAAAAACUUGGCCUGCUGACACCACGUGAGAAGGCUGCUCGGAACUACAGCCAGAAGCUAAAGGAAAAAUUUCAGCAUCACCCACAAAUCAAGAGAAUUUCAAGACACAGACACCUCCCCAAAUUCAUCUACAGCCAGAUGAAGGAGCAACGCAUCAUGAAGGAAGCUCGUCGCAAGAAGGAAAUGAAUCGUCGCAAACAUAGCAAAGCAGGCUCGGUGCCGUUUGUAUCAGAGAAGCACAAGCCUGUGGUCGCCGUGGUGAAUUAA